AUGGCAUCCACAAAUUCAUCCCCAUUCAAGGAGCCUCCGUACUUGAGCGGUCAGCCUUCGCCAUACUUUACUCCAGAGCUCAAGGAGUGGCAACGCGCAUGUCGAGCAUUCAUCACGACUCAUUUCACACCACAUGCGGUUGAAUGGGAGGCUCAAGGCCAAGUGCCUGACCAUGUUUUCCAGACGUUUGCGAAGAACAAGAUGCUCGUGCCAGCCAUACCAGCGCCUCUUCCAGUAGUCGAGCUCAAAGCGGCAGGUAUUCACAGCAUCUUGGACGUUGUCAAGGUUGAAGACUUUUCCGCCUUCCACAAUCUGAUCUUUACCGACGAACUGAUGGCUUCGGGGAUUUGUGGACCAUCAUGCACCAUCAACGUUUCGCCCGGAUUUGGAGUACCCUGUCUGCUCCGUUUUGGCAAUGGUCCACUAAAGCAACGCUUCCUCGCCGAUCUGUUCUGGGGUCGCAAGAAGAUCUGCAUGGCGGUCACCGAGCCUGAGGGCGGGACAGAUGUUGCCAACAUUAGGACGCGAGCCGACAAAACCCCAGACGGACAACAUUACAUUGUCCAUGGGAAGAAGAUGUGGAUAAGUACCGCUGCAUGGUGUUCUCAUGCUAUAGUAGCCGUGCGGACAGGAGAAGCUGGCAUGUCGGCGAUCUCUCUGGUCAUCGUGCCACUCAAGAAUGAAGACCGCGUGACGGUGAAGCGUCUGAACAUGGCUGGCCAGCUUUCGAAUGGCGUCGCUGAGAUUGAAUUCAACCGCGUGAAGGUUCCGGUCACCAACUUGGUCGGGACUGAAGGUCAAGGCAUGAAAUACAUCAUGACCAACUUCAAUCACGAGCGCCUUACCAUUGCUAUUGGCGCGACUCGACAAGCCCGCGUAGUACUUUCUGCCGCCUUCGAACACUGCUUGCAACGACGAGCUUUCGGUGGUUCGCUCAUGGACCAGCCCGUCGUACGAAACCGUCUAGCAAAGGCCGGCAUUCAGCUCGAAGCGCAGUGGGCAUGGAUCGAGCAGACAGUCUUCCAGAUAGACAAMAUGACCAAAUCAAGGGCUGAUGGCGAGAUUGGAGCCCUCGUUGCAGGCCUCAAGGCCAACGCAGGCGCCGUCCUGAAAGAAUGUGCCGAUUGCGCGGUCGUACUUUUCGGAGGAUCCGCGUAUAGUAAAGACGGCCCGGGGAGCAUUGCGGAAAGAGCAUGGCGUGAAAUCAACGGUCAGCGCAUCCCUGGCGGUAGUGAAGAUGUUAUGCUCGAUCUCAUGAUACGGCAACUUGCCAAAGGUGCGAAAAGUAGCAAAAAUCGGCCGAAUUUGUAG